UGCUCUCUGUGCCGGCUGUAAUGCGGCAGCGCCAGCCUCUCCGAGGCGAGCGUGGUGGCGCAUGCGCGGUGAGGUGGAAGGAGACCCGUCAGCUUCUCCCUCCCCUCAGCCGCAAGGCGGGAGGAGGAGGAGACGCCGUUAAUAAUUCCCCCCACUUUUUAAUUCUCAAUCUCCCCCCCCCAUUUACCUCGGCGUUACCCCUCAUAAUUUCCCUCAGAGGAAAAUGGCGGGUACUUGGACGGUUACGGUGUAAGAGACGACGGCGCUGAAGGCCUCCCUCGCCGGGGGGAGACGUCGUUGAGUCAUGGACGAGCAAAGCGUUGAGAGCAUUGCUGAAGUGUUCCGAUGUUUCAUUUGUAUGGAAAAGUUGCGUGAUGCGCGCCUGUGUCCACACUGCUCUAAACUGUGUUGCUUCAGUUGCAUUCGGUCUUAUGUCACUGCUGCAGCAUCUGGAGAGUGGCGUUGGCUGACAGAACAAAGAGCUCAGUGCCCUCAUUGUCGGGCCCCGCUCCAGCUACGAGAACUUGUCAACUGUCGUUGGGCCGAGGAGGUGACCCAGCAGCUUGACACGCUCCAGUUGUGCAAUUUGAACAAACAUGAAGAAAAUGAAAAGGACAAGUGUGAAAACCAUCAUGAGAAGCUCAGUGUGUUUUGUUGGACAUGUAAGAAGUGUAUUUGCCACCAGUGUGCUCUUUGGGGUGGAAUGCAUGGAGGACAUACAUUUAAGCCGUUAGCUGAAAUUUAUGAACAGCAUGUCACAAAAGUGAAUGAAGAGGUGGCAAAGCUUCGCCGGAGACUGAUGGAAUUGAUCAGUUUGGUGCAAGAAGUGGAAAGGAACGUAGAAGCAGUACGCAGUGCAAAAGAUGAGCGUGUUCGGGAAAUCAGGAAUGCAGUAGAGAUGAUGAUUGCUAGGUUAGACACUCAGCUGAAGAACAAGCUUAUAACACUAAUGGGCCAGAAGACAUCACUGACCCAAGAAACGGAACUUCUGGAGUCCCUCCUGCAAGAAGUAGAACACCAGCUACGGUCAUGCAGUAAAAGUGAGCUGAUAUCUAAAAGCUCCGAGAUCUUGAUGAUGUUCCAACAGGUCCACCGGAAGCCCAUGGCCUCUUUUGUCACCACACCUGUCCCACCAGAUUUCACAAGUGAGUUAGUUCCUGCAUAUGAUUCAACUACCUUUGUCUUGGAGAACUUCAGCACUUUACGCCAGCGGGCAGAUCCAGUCUACAGUCCACCUCUUCAAGUUUCUGGGCUUUGCUGGAGGCUAAAGGUUUAUCCAGAUGGAAAUGGAGUGGUGCGGGGCUAUUAUUUAUCUGUGUUUCUCGAGCUGUCAGCUGGAUUGCCAGAGACAUCCAAGUACGAAUACCGUGUGGAAAUGGUCCACCAGUCCACUAAUGAUCCUGCUAAAAAUAUAAUUCGAGAAUUUGCAUCUGACUUUGAAGUUGGGGAGUGCUGGGGUUACAACAGGUUCUUUCGACUGGACUUGCUUGCUAAUGAAGGCUACUUAAACAGACAGAAUGACACUGUCAUCUUAAGGUUCCAGGUACGUUCACCCACCUUCUUCCAGAAAUGUCGGGAUCAGCACUGGUACAUUUCUCAGCUGGAAGCUGCUCAGACCAGCUAUGUCCAACAAAUAAAUAACCUUAAAGAGAGGCUUGCAAUCGAGCUUUCCCGUACCCAGAAAUCCCAUGGCAUAUCUCCUCCGGAUACUCAUCUCAGUCCACAGAGUGAUGAUUUCCUCGAAGUGAGGCCAAAGAAGUCAGGCCCAAACUCGGAAGUGCUUCUUGAGGCUGUGGCCAGCGCAGCAUCAGUCAGAGAUGCUGAGGAGGAGGAGAAAGCACAGUAUGAAGACUUCAAUCAUGAGCUCUCAGACGGUGAUCUUGAUGUCGAUCUUGUUGGGGAGGAUGAGGCAAACCAUCUAGAUGGCAGCAGUUCCUCUGCUAGCUCAACAGCCACCAGCAACACAGAAGAAAAUGAUAUCGAUGAAGAGACCAUGUCUGGGGAGAAUGAUGUGGAAUACAAUCACAACAUGGAGUUGGAAGAAGGAGAUCUUGUGGAGGAAGCAGCUUCUGCAACAGCAGGUGCCUCAGGUGGGAGCCAUGGCUAUCCCGCUGCAAGCAGCCGCAUGUCAAGACGGGGAGGAAGCGCCCUGGGCUCUUCUGCCAGUAGCAGCUUACUUGACAUAGACCCUUUAAUAUUAAUACACCUGUUGGACCUGAAGGACAGGAACGGGAUGGAAAACUUGUGGGGCCUCCAGCCACGCCCUCCUGCUUCACUUCUGCAGAACAGAGCAUCCUAUUCUCUAAAAGAGAGGGACCAGCGGAGGCACCAGGCCAUGUGGCGUGUCCCGCCAGACUUGAAGAUGCUGAAGAGGUUGAAAAGCCAGAUGGCCGAAGUCCGCAGUAAAAUGUCAGAUGUGAAGAACCAGCUGUCGGAGGUCCGGACCAGCAAUGCCACUUCUUCUGACGGGCCAACUGCUUACUUGUUUCCUGGUGACCAGGGCCCCUUGGCUACUUGUGGGACGGAGAGCCAUAGCAAGCUGCAAGAACUUGGGAGAGAGCUGCUGACCAAAUCAUCCCUCUCUAGCUGCUACAUACGGAAUUCCACAAAUAAGAAAAGCCAUUCAACCAAAGCUAGUCGAACAGGAGCAGCAGGCAGCUUGUCUCUGCGAAGAGCAAUGGAUUGUGGGGAUGGACAUCUUCACUUAAAGGGAGAAUGUCAGAUUUCCUUUGAAGGUUGCCCGGGAAACUCAAAGCCCAGCAGUAGGCAUGGCUCCCCCAGGGCCUUGACUAGCAGCAGUGCCUCAGAGCUACUGUCUAAGCCCGAAGACAGGCAGUGUGAAGUCUCUGGUCCUGACGUGGGUGCGUCUGUCUUCAAUGGCACAAUGCCUGUGGAAAAGGCCAGGAAAGCAGCUGCUGUGGGAUGCCAUGUGGAAACAAUAGAGCCGGCUGACUUGGAACACAACACUGAAGCUGGGGAGUUGCAGGUGGAGCUCUCUGAUGGCGCUUCAGCAGGUGCAGAAGAAGCUGGGCUUUGCCAGAAGCACGUCCUUCACCUCCUGCCGGGCAUGAGCAGCGACAGCGACAUUGAAUGCGACACUGAGAACGAAGACCAGGAGGAUGGGGAAGCUGCUGGGGCUGCUCCAGAUGUCUUUGGUCAGGCAUUCCAGGCCCAGCCUUCAAGUGACGCCUUAGAGCUAUGCUCAGUUUUUCCGGAGGGUGACCAAAUAGGCGCUGAAGACCUCCCUUUUGCCACUGGAAAGGACAGCACAAGGUAGAGCGUUUGGCGUAGGGGCUCCCCGGAGUUGGAUUAGCAUUCACUAGCCUGUUGGAGGCGGCAGAACGCAGCAUCACAGGGUCCUGCUCAAUUCACCCAUUUGUUGCUCCUCCCAUUCCCUUCCCUGCUGAACAUCCAGCUGAACAGCUUUCCUGGUCCUGCUUGGUACAAACCUGCACCCUGCGGGCCUGUAAAAGGCACCGGAGCCCCCGCUAUGCUCUUCGUGGCGGAGAAGUCUGGGAGAAAGGAAUGUGCCACACACACACCCGCCUCUAUAUGGUAUGGAUUGACACUAAAGCUGUUACACUUCUGAGUCCUGAGCUACACAGUGAGUUGAGCCGCUCCUCUUCCUCCCCUCGCCCCCCCAAGCCAUUAGCCCAAUUUUGGCCAGUUGUAAACACUUGUUGCCAAACUCGUCUGCUACUGUGCAUUGCAUUUGAGCUGCUAAAAGUGCUCUGUGAAGCUAUGCUGAAAUGGCCGUUUUCUUUUAAGCAUGAGUUACUGUAUAAAUGUUUGGUGUGUCCUCCUGAAUGUUGUACUUAAUGGAAGGAUUUACUCUUAAAUGUCAUUUUAACUGCUGUAAAAAUUCAUACAGUUCCGAUGAAAAUGGUUUGCACUUUUAAUUAAUAAAAUGAACAUGGAAAUGAC